GCGCGGAGGUGGAGCGCUGCUCAAGCGCCGCGUCGGGACGCGUAGGUCUGCAGCGUCGUCGGCCUAAAGGGCAGAGCCGGAAGCGCCACGGUUUGACCCACGGAUCCCCUCUGUCUUCGAAGGGGCAGCCCUCUUCCUCUGGGCUUUCUCCACCUCCCCGUCUCCCCGCUCAUCCGGAGGCCGAAGCCCCCAGCCUGGGCGGGGCGGCGCAGCCCGAGCUCCGCGACCCGGAAGAAGCGCCAUCUGCCGCCUCCGCCAUGGAGCCCACCGCGCCGUCCCUCACCGAGGAGGACCUCACUGAAGUGAAGAAGGACGCUUUAGAAAAUUUGCGUGUCUACUUGUGUGAAAAAAUCAUAGCUGAGAGACAUUUUGAUCAUCUACGCGCAAAAAAAAUACUCAGUAGAGAAGACACUGAAGAAAUUUCUUGCCGAACAUCAAGUAGAAAAAGGGCUGGAAAACUGUUAGACUACUUACAAGAAAACCCCAAAGGACUAGAUACCCUGGUUGAAUCUAUUCGGCGAGAAAAAACACAGAACUUCCUGAUACAGAAGAUUACAGAUGAAGUGCUGAAACUUAGAAAUAUAAAGCUAGAACACCUGAAAGGACUGAAAUGUAGCAGCUGUGAGCCUUUUCCAGAUGGAGCCACAAACAACCUCUCUAGAUCAAAUUCAGAUGAGAGUAAUUUCUCUGAAAAACUGAGAGCGUCCACUGUCAUAUACCAUCCAGAAGGAGAAUCCAGCACAGCCCCCUUUUUUUCUACUGAUUCUUCUCUGAAUUUGCCUGUUCUAGAAGUAGGCAGAACUGAAAAUCCCACCUUCUCUUCAACUACGCUCCCUAGACCUGGGGACCCUGGGGCUCCUCCUUUGCCACCAGAGCUGCAGUUAGAAGAAGGAACCUGUGGAAACUCUAGUGAGAUGUUUCUUCCCUUAAGAUCACGCGCUCUCUCGCGGCAAUGACGGUUUACUGCCUUUAAAUUUUUUUAAUAAUGACAAAAAACAUUUGAAAGGAUAUGAAUCUUUUUAUAAAAUUGCUAUAAUGACUUAUUAACACUUGAUACAUGUCUUUUAAAAUGCAAUGUAAACAUACUUUGUAAAUAGAAUUUUUUAGAAUAAAAAAAGCUUACUUUCAGCUAGCUAAAGUAAAUCAUGUUGAUCAUGUACUGUUCAGCAUUUUUUUCAUUUUUGAGGCAUUUAGUGUUUUCACAUUUUUUGUUUUAAGACUAAUUUUAAUAGAGAACAUUUCUCUAUUAGAGAAUAGAGUCUGAAGCUGGGAAUAAUGUUUCUGCUCAGUGCAUUUGUGCUAGUGAUUUUCAGUUUAAUAGUCCUUUCCAACCAUUCAGCAGUAAAUUUUCAGGAUUAAGCUGUCCCUAUUUGGUAAUAAAGCCAGUCACUCCCAGGAAAACUGCCGGUGUACUGAAAAGAAUCUUUUUCCCACUCACUUGGGCUUACAGGCACUUAACAGAGUCCCUUUCUGAUGCAGAGGAACAUCUAAUGGAGUUCAAGCCACCAAAGAUCUCAAUUUGCCAAAAGACAUUUCUUAUUAAUCUUUCUUUCUUAAGAUUUUCACAUUCUUUGCUUUUAUCAUUUUCACUCCUGAAGAAAAAUCUUGGCAUAAACCUUAGUUAUUACAUGUAGAUGUUUUACAAAAAUACUCUUUCUGUACUUUUCAUUCUCUCUUAAUGAGGACUACUGUAUAGUUGAAAUAACCAAAACAAAAUGUCUUUUUGUGUGUGUAUGUGACAGUUCUGUUUUUAAUACUAUUGGGAACAAGCAGGCCAUUAGCUAGAUUUGUCUUUUUGUUACAUAACAAAGUUUGACUAAUCUUAUGCAUUUAUAAAUCUUAUCCUUUCGUUGUUUUCAUUUGAAUUAUAAUUCUACCUAUUUCCUGAUAUCCAUCUCAUAUAUAUUUCCAUUACUUGCAAAAAGCAGAGAUGGAAUAUUAACAAUAAAAGUUUUUAAAUUAUAGUGCUAUGUUCUGAAAGUUUCAAAUUUUCCAUAGGAAAUAAAUAUCCAAAACACUUUUUUUAUAGAAAACAUUAUUUCAGGUUGUGAGAUCUAGUUGCAUUUCUGAAUAGACUGAUGAAUUUAUCAAUCAUGAAGACGAUUGGCAUAUUGGCUUUAAAAAUUUUUAAAGACUGGGUGGUUUUUGUAGUAUAAACGUUUUCUAAGAGUUACAGAGAAACGUGUUUCACCUCCAGCAUAGCAUAGGAAAAUAGUGGCAUUACAUUUAAAGAAAUCACUUUUAAAAGCAGAAGCAGGCUUUUCAUUAAUUAAAAUGAAAUUUGAUAUGCAGUUACUUUUAUUUAGCAUUUACAACCAAAGAUCAUAAUUUAGAGAUGCUGUUGCCCUAUAUUUAUAAUUUAUUUAUAACACUGAUUUUUCUUUCAAAUUGUUGGCUAACUAUAUAGACAAUAAAAUUAUGGUUUUAACAGA